AUGGCCAUCAACACAACCAAGACCUCUGAUGAUCAAGCAAAGAGGUCAAUGGACGGGAGCAACAGUCAUUCACAUCAAGAUGCGACAUCUGCCGAUCCUGAAGGUCCCAGCAAUGAUCGCAUGUCCCAGAACAGACCACGGAGGAGCAAGAAUGUAUCCUUCCAAGAGGAAGUGAUUAUUCCUUCUGAAUCCUAUGAUCCCGAGAACCCACUGCCCUACUUUCUGGCACAAGAAGCCAAGCAUACCUCUGCUGCUGGUGUCACUGCCAUGAAAGACCGAGCCGCCAUGGAGGAAUACCGUGUGGCGGAUGUAGAAAAUUUGCUCUCCUGCAAAUCAAUAUUCUGUUGGAGUCUGCUGACGAUUGUAUUGGUAGGCGGUAGCUUGGUUGCAGUAGCUAUGACAGUCGAUUGGGAUGCUACUACUACCGAUGAUGCUGCGACUGGUGGGAGCCCUUAA